GGCUGGCGGCCACGGAGCGCGCGCGCGGUGCGGUCGGCGGGAGCCGGGGUGAGCGCAGCCGCCGGCGAGCGGAGGUGACAGCGGCCGAGAGCCCGGAGCCCACGCGGCGGAGCGCGGCCGAGGCCAGAGCCCCGACUUCCCAGUCCUCCGACCACCACCACCCCGGCGUGCGUGCCCUCGCCCCGGGAGCCCGCGGCGCCGCGCGGCGGGCGCUCAGCUUUCUGCGCUCCGGGCCGACCAGACGUGGCGCGGUCUCAGCCACCUACCCUGAGAGAGCCCCCUGCAAGGAUGGGCGUGGCCAGGAGGCAGGACUUCUUCAGGGCCAUUCUCACGGUCAGCUGGCUCCUCGUGGUCCACCUUCCCAGGUUCACAUCCACAGUGGUAGCCCAGUGCCCCGACCAGAACCCGGAGCUGCAGCCCUGGAACCCGGGCCAUGACGAAGACCACGAGGUGCACAUCGGCCAGGGCAGGAUGCUGCUGCUCACCUCCUCGGCCACCGUCCACUCCAUCCGCAUCUCAGAGGGAGGCAAGCUGGUCAUCAAGGACCACGAGGAGCCCAUUGUGCUGCGGACCAGGCACAUCCUGAUUGACAGCGGCGGGGAGCUGCAUGCUGGGAGCGCCCUCUGCCCAUUCCAGGGCAACUUUAGCAUCGUCUUGUAUGGAAGGGCUGAUGACGAUGUGGAGCCAGAUCCUUACUUUGGCCUGAAGUACAUCGGCGUGGACAGAGGAGGCACCCUGGAGUUGCACGGGCAGAAAAAGCUCUCCUGGACGUUUCUGAACAAGACCCUCCACCCCGGGGGCAUGCAGGAGGGAGGCUAUUUUUUUGAAAGGAGCUGGGGCCACCGUGGGGUCAUCGUGCAUGUCAUCGACCCCAAAUCAGCCACCGUUGUUCACUCCGACCGGUUCGACACCUACAGAUCCAAGAAAGAGAGCGAGCGCCUGGUUCAGUACUUGAACGCGGUGCCCGACGGCAGGAUCCUCUCGGUGGCGGUGAAUGACGAGGGUUCCCGAAACCUGGACGACACGGCCCGGAAGGCGAUGACCAAACUGGGGAGCAAGCACUUCCUGCACCUGGGUUUCAGACACCCUUGGAGCUUUCUCACCGUGAAAGGAAAUCCCACUUCUUCCGUGGAAGACCAUAUUGAAUAUCAUGGGCACCGAGGAUCCGCAGCUGCCCGGGUGUCCAAACUGUUCAAGACGGAGCAUGGCGAGUAUUUCAACGUGUCUUCGUCCAGCGAGUGGGUUCAAGAUGCGGAGUGGACGGAAUGGUUCGACCACGAUAAAGUGUCCCAGACUAAAGGCGGGGAGAAGAUUUCCGACCUCCGGGCGGCUCACCCAGGAAAGAUCUGCAACCGCCCCAUCGAUAUCCAGGCCAUGACGAUGGAUGGGGUGAGCCUCAGCCCCGAGGUGGUGUACAAGAAAGGCCAGGAUUAUAGGUUCGCUUGCUACGACCGGGGCCGGGCCUGCCAGGGCUACCGUGUGCGGUUCCUGUGCGGGAAGCCUGUGAGGCCCAAGCUGACCGUCAUCAUCGACACCAACGUGAACAGCACCAUCCUGAACUUGGCGGACAGCGCAGAGUCGUGGAAGCCCGGGGACACCCUGGUGGUCGCCAGCACCGAUUACUCCAUGUACCAGGCCGAAGAGUUCCAGGUGCUACCGUGCAGAACGUGCACCUCCACCCAGGUCAAAGUGGCAGGGAAGCCCAAGUACCUGCACACCGGGGAGGAGGUAGACGGCGUGGACAUGCGUGCCGAGGUCGGGCUCCUGAGCCGGAACAUCGUGGUGCGGGGAGAGAUGGAGGACGAGUGCUACCCCUACAGCAAGUACAUCUGCCACUUCUUUGACUUCGACACCUUUGGGGGCCACAUCAAGUUUGCUCUGGGGUUUAAGGCGGCUCACCUGGAAGGCGUGGAGUUAAAACACAUGGGGCAGCAGCUGAUAGGUCAGUACCCAAUCCACUUCCACCUGGCCGGGGAUGUGGACGAAAAGGGAGGCUAUGACCCGCCCACCUACAUCAGGGACCUGUCCAUCCACCACACCUUCUCUCGCUGCGUCACCGUCCACGGCUCCAAUGGCCUGCUGGUCAAGGACGUGGUGGGCUAUAACUCCUUGGGCCACUGCUUCUUCACGGAAGACGGGCCCGAGGAACGCAACACCUUCGACCACUGCCUGGGCCUCCUGGUGAAGGCGGGGACCCUCCUCCCCUCGGAUCGUGACAGCAAGAUGUGCAAGAUGAUCACGGAGGACUCCUACCCCGGCUACGUGCCCAAGCCCAGGCAGGACUGCAACGCCGUGUCCACCUUCUGGAUGGCCAACCCCAACAAUAACCUCAUCAACUGUGCCGCCGCGGGAUCGGAGGAAACGGGAUUUUGGUUCAUUUUCCACCACGUCCCGACGGGUCCCUCGGUGGGCAUGUACUCCCCGGGUUAUUCCGAGCACAUUCCGCUGGGAAAAUUCUACAACAACCGGGCACAUUCCAACUACCGGGCUGGCAUGAUUAUAGACAACGGGGUCAAAACCACAGAGGCCUCAGCCAAGGACAAGCGGCCCUUCCUCUCCAUCAUCUCCGCCAGAUACAGCCCUCACCAGGACGCCGAUCCGCUGAAACCCCGGGAGCCGGCCAUCAUCAGACACUUCACGGCCUACAAGAACCAGGACCACGGGGCCUGGCUGCGCGGCGGGGAUGUGUGGCUGGACAGCUGCCGGUUCGCCGACAAUGGCAUCGGCCUGACGCUGGCCAGUGGUGGCACCUUCCCGUACGACGAUGGCUCCAAGCAGGAGAUCAAGAACAGCUUGUUCGUGGGCGAGAGUGGCAACGUGGGCACGGAAAUGAUGGACAAUCGGAUCUGGGGCCCGGGCGGCCUGGACCACAGCGGAAGGACCCUCCCCAUAGGCCAGAAUUUUCCGAUCAGAGGGAUCCAGUUCUACGACGGCCCCGUCAACAUCUUCAACUGCACUUUCCGAAAGUUUGCGGCCCUGGAGGGCCGGCACACCAGCGCCCUGGCCUUCCGCCUCAACAACGCCUGGCAGAGCUGUCCCCACAACAACGUGACCGGCAUCACCUUUGAGGAUGUCCCGAUUACUUCCAGAGUGUUCUUCGGAGAGCCGGGGCCCUGGUUCAACCAGCUGGACAUGGAUGGGGAUAAGACGUCCGUGUUCCACGACGUGGACGGCUCGGUGUCCGAGUACCCUGGCUCCUACCUCACCAAGGACGACAACUGGCUGGUCCGGCACCCCGACUGCAUCAAUGUGCCCGACUGGAGAGGCGCCAUCUGCAGUGGGCGCUAUGCACAGAUGUACAUCCAGGCCUACAAGACCAGUAACCUACGAAUGAAGAUCAUCAAGAAUGACUUCCCCAGCCACCCUCUGUACCUGGAGGGGGCCCUGACCAGGAGCACCCACUACCAGCAGUACCAGCCGGUCAUCACGCUGUACAAGGGCUAUACCAUCCACUGGGACCAGACGGCCCCCGCCGAGCUCACCAUCUGGCUCAUCAACUUCAACAAGGGCGACUGGAUCCGGGUGGGGUUCUGCUACCCACGGGGCACCACCUUCUCCAUCCUCUCUGACGUUCACAAUCGCCUACUGAAGCAAACAACCAAGACGGGCACCUUGGCCAGGACCUUGCAGAUGGACAAGGUGGAGCGGAGCUAUCCCGGCCGGGGCUACUACUACUGGGACGAGGACUCCGGGCUGCUCUUCCUGAAGCUGAGAGCUCAGAACGAGAGAGAGAAGUUUGCCUUCUGCUCCAUGAAAGGCUGUGAGAGGCUCAGGAUCAAAGCUCUGAUCCCCAGGAACGCGGGCGUCAGCGACUGCACGGCCAGCGCCUACCCCAGGUUCGCCGAGAGGGCUGUGGUGGACGUGCCCAUGCCCAAGAAGCUCUUCGGUACCCAGCUGAGGUCGAAGGACCACUUCCUGGAGGUGAAGAUAGAAAGUUCCAGACAGCACUUCUUCCACCUUCGCACCGACUUCGCGUAUAUCGAGGUGGAUGGGAGGAAGUUCCCCAGCUCCGAAGACGGCAUCCAGGUAGUGGUGAUCGACGGUGGCCUCGGGCACGUGGUGAGCCACACGAGUUUCCACAACUCCAUUCUGCAGGGCAUUCCGUGGCAGCUCUUCAGUUACGUGGCCACCAUCCCUGACAAUUCCAUAGUGCUCGUGACAUCGAAGGGGAAAUACAGCUCCCGGGGCCCGUGGACCAGAGCGCUGGAGAAGCUGGGGGCAGACAAGGGCCUCAAGCUGAAAGAAAAAAUGGCGUUCGUCGGCUUCAAAGGCAGCUUCCGGCCCAUCUGGGUGACUCUGGACACCGAGGACCACAAGGCCAAAAUCUUCCAAGUGGUGCCCAUCCCCGUGGUGCGGAAGAAGAAGCUGUGAGCACAGCGGCCACCCUGGCGCCGCCCCGCGGUGGAUUGUGUGCCGGAUGGGCGGCCAGGGCCAGAUGGCGGUGGGCUCCCCUGUCCAGUGGCUACUGGGGGAGGCCGUGCGCCAGCCCUGGUGGGCCAAGGGAAGGAAUCAGAGACCACCACCACCCCCGGUGCUGCCACCUGCCCCACGAGUCUCUACCUGCAGCCCCGGGGCAGCGCUGGCCUCUCCUGAACCCCUUCUCUUUCCUGCAGUCUCUUGGGUGCUUCUCACCAACCUGUGCCUCUUCACUGGGGGAGCAGGGCCCCUAUAAGGAGGCCUGGCCCGGCUAGGAGGGGGCCUGGGGGGUGGGCUGGGCCACAUACAGGUCCCCGAGGUCUCCAGUGGACACCUUAGGGUGGGAGAUGUAAGAAAGAGAGCCUGGCCCUAAGGAAAUUUUAGUUCCUGUGAGCCGAAGCCACCUUCGUGGAUUCCAGAACUCUGUGGCUUCCCUCACUGUCCACGGAGCCCAGCAGCAGAGGCCACGCUUUGUGGCUGGCGUCCACGAUGCUGGGUGUCCCCGGGGGUGAGGGCCGAUGCCCCACGCGGGGGGCUUGCAGUCGGCAGGGUGGGCGGGGGGCCCACGUGCACACUGAUACUGGACGGAGAAAUCAGAGAGGUGAAGGGAGGGAAAGACCACUCGCGCUCAGGUGGGUCAGGAAGGCUUCUCGCAGGAGGAGGCCAGGGUCACUGCAGGCACGAAGGGCAGAGGGCAUUUUGAGCGGCAAGGUGGCCCAAGCGUGGUUUGGAGGCUGGGCCCUUCCUAUCAGCACCUGCCGAGGCCAGCGCCCGCGGGGUCACCCUCGGCCCUUGGUCCCCAACUGGCCCCGGCCUCCGACUCUCAGAUACGGUGGAGUCCUGCCAGGACCCCGUUUGCUCUCCGUCCUGGGACCUGGGUGGGUGGAGACAGGACCCAGGAGCCACACACGAUCCUGGCAGGUGUUGGCUGGGGUGGGAGGCUCUUAGGAAAGGUUCGGUCCGAAGCCUGCCUUUGACAGCUGGCGAGGAAAUGAGUAAGACCUUGACAUGGGAAAGCACCACCAGCCAGGGCACAGCCCCAGGAGCCCCGCUGCAGCCUGGGCCGCCCCACUGCACCAGGGGCCCAGCCCUCCUGCAGCGGCUUCCGGGAAGGGCAGUGACAAGUACCCGGCACAGGUGGACAGCUGGCCUGGGACGGGCUCCCUCCUGCUCCUCU